GCGGAGCCGGAGCGCGGCCUGUGUGUGGGUUCCGGGUGCCCCGGCCUCCAGGCUGUGCCCCCGGGGGGCACAGAGAACAGGUGCUCAGCGGCCCUCGGUGCUCCCUCCUCGUAGCUAGUAAUUCUCUAGCCAGUAAGCUAUUCAGAAUUUACUUGAAGGGCCUUGAACUCGCUUUUCCUUGGUUUUUGCCUAGUUUAGUUGUUUUAGAAAUUGCAUUUUUGAGGUCCUUUAAUGAGCAAGCACGAGGCCGGGGCCCUGGGCGGUGGGUCCCGAAGGUGCCGUGUCGCGGUGGCUUUCGGUUCGGGAUGUCAGCUGGUGCCCGGGGGCCGGCCGACGCCAUCUGGGCAAUUCCACCCCCGCUCUGGCGGCGGUAACCUGUGGCGCCCUCUCUCUCUCCCGGCCCCGCCCCAGGUAAAUCCACUUGGACGUUUGUGGGUGCGGUGCUGCCCCCCACCCGUGAUGUCCCUCCGGCGCCUGCUGUGUGCUGCGGCCUCCCGGCGGCCAGCUCCCGUGAGAUGCAGACGAGGCAGCCCCCUGCACACGGCCCCGGCGGCCUGUUCGGACAGGAGUGCCCCCGUGUUCAGCCGGGCCCUGGCCUUCGGGGACCGGAUUGCCCUCGUUGACCAGCACGGCCGCCACACGUACAAGGACCUCUACCACCACAGCCUCCGCCUGUCCCGGGAGCUGUGCCGGGUCCUCGGGUGUGCCGGCGGGGACCUCCAGGAGGAGAGGGUCUCCUUCAUGUGCUCCAACGACGUCUCCUACGUGGUCGCGCAGUGGGCCUCGUGGAUGAGCGGGGGCGUCGCUGUCCCCCUCUACAGGAAGCACCCGCAGGCCGAGCUGGAGUAUGUCAUCCGGGACUCCCGGAGCUCCGUGGUCCUUGCCGGCCAGGAGUACGUGGAGCUGCUGGGCCCGGUGGUCGGGAGGCUGGGGGUCCCACUGCUGCCCCUCCCGCCCACGGUCUACGGUGCGGCGGCCGAGGCGCCCGGGGAGUGGCGGGUGCCGGAGCAGAACUGGAGAGACCGAGGCGCCAUGAUCAUCUACACCAGCGGGACCACAGGGAGGCCCAAGGGCGUCCUGAGCACCCAUCACAACAUCAGGGCCAUGGUGACGGGGCUGGUCCACAAGUGGGCGUGGACUAAGGACGACGUGAUCCUUCACAGUCUCCCGCUCCACCACGUGCACGGCGUGGUCAACAAGCUGCUGUGUCCCCUCUGGGUGGGCGCCACCUGUGUGAUGCUGCCCGAGUUCAGCGCAGAGCUGGUUUGGGAAAAGCUCUUAAGUUCUGAAGCUCCACGAAUUAACGUAUUUAUGGCGGUGCCUACAAUAUAUGCCAAGUUGAUGGAUUAUUAUGACAAACAUUUCACUCAGCCUCACGUCCAGGAUUUUGUACGUGCGGUCUGUGAGGAGAAAAUUAGGUUGAUGGUUUCGGGGUCCGCUGCCCUGCCCCUGCCUGUGCUGGAGAAGUGGCAAAGGGUCACCGGCCACACUCUGCUGGAGCGGUAUGGGAUGACGGAGAUCGGCAUGGCCCUGUCCAACCCCCUGACCACGGCUCGCACGCCAGGUUCCGUGGGGACCCCGCUGCCAGGUGUGGAGGUACGCAUUGUCUCAGAAAACCCCAAGAAGGAGGGCUAUCCCUACGUGCUCCACGCGGAAGGAAAUGAGAAGGAGACAAAGGUGACCCCAGGGUUCACGGAGAAGGAAGGAGAGCUCUUGGUCAGGGGGCCGUCCGUGUUCCGUGAAUACUGGGACAAACCAGAAGAAACCAGAAAUGCCUUCACCUGCGACGGCUGGUUCAAGACAGGCGACACAGCCGUGUUCAAGGACGGCAGGUACUGGAUCCGGGGUCGCACGUCCGUAGACAUCAUCAAGAGCGGUGGCUACAAGAUCAGCGCCCUGGAGGUGGAGCGGCUCCUGCUGGCGCACCCCAGCAUCACAGAUGUGGCUGUGAUUGGAGUUCCAGACAUGACAUGGGGCCAGCGGGUCACCGCAGUGGUGACCCUUCAGGAGGGACACUCACUGUCCCACAGGGAGCUCAAAGAAUGGGCAAGGGGCGUCCUGGCCCCGUACGCCGUGCCCUCUGAGCUGCUGCUGGUGGAGGAGAUCCCACGGAACCAGAUGGGGAAGGUCAACAAGAGAGAUCUCAUCAGGCAGUUCUACCCGAGUGACCAGGGUGCCCCGAGGCCAGGCACCGGUGAGCCAGCGUCCCCUGUAAACUAGAACCCCCCCAGAUCAGAGGGAACAGUGCCGGGGCUAGCAGAAAUGAGAUCACAGUGCUGAUUUUCGGAUCCGACGUGACCCCCUGUCGCCUCUGCUGCGUCCUCACAGCCACACCCGCACCGAGCGUAGCUCCCUGUGCUGCCGUCUGCUGGGCGGGUCCCCGCAGCGUCCAGCGGCACGCCCCAGGGCAGCGGGCCUCCAAGCAAAAUUCAGUAAAGUCUGUGCAAAGACAA